AUGUCCCUUCCCCGCAGCCUACGGGCAGCAGAAACGCUGCUCAACUCCAGCAAAGCAAGCCGCCAAAAUCCUCUCUCCAACCCCAAGCACGCCGACCACGCAGAACAUCUCCAAACCGGGCUCGCCGACAGACCCCUGGAGCUGGACACCCCCCCAGAAGAGAAGAUCGACUGGACGCGCUCCUUCCACGGGCUCUCGGCGGAGCCGUUCCCCAAAGAAGCAGCCGAUAUCCUCCUCGCCGAGACGGACCCAGAAGAAGUGGAGAUUAAGCCCGAUGGCAUCCUCUACCUGCCGGAGAUCAAGUACCGACGGAUCUUGAAUCGCGCGUUUGGACCCGGUGGCUGGGGGCUUGUGCCGCGCAGUGAGAGUAUCGUUACCCCGAAGACGGUGACGAGGGAGUAUGCUUUGGUUUGUAAUGGACGACUUGUUUCCGUUGCGCGUGGUGAACAGGAUUACUUCUCCCCUGACGGCAUUCCAACCGCGACGGAGGGGUGUCGGUCUAAUGCGCUGGUGCGGUGUUGCAAGGAUCUAGGUAUUGCGAGCGAGUUGUGGGAUCCGCGCUGGAUCCGCAAGUACAAGGCGCAGUACACGCGGGAAGUGUUUGUGGAGCACGUGGUGAACAAGCGGAAGUCGAAGAUCUGGGUGAGGAAGGGUGAUGAGGUUUCGUAUCCGUGGAAGGAGCUGAAGUAA